GACCCAAGAGCCCGCGGCGCCUCAAGCAGCUCAAGCAAGCCACGGAAGACACGAUGCAGCGCCAUUCCCUCGGACCACUCAAAGCACUGGUAAAAGUUCUCACCAAGUUGUGUCUCAACAACAGCAGGGACAUGGCCGACCUCAUUGGCGCUUGCUACAGCUGUUUCAUUCUCGCCGCCGCUCAUCCACUGGUGCUGGCAGUUCUCGCAGCAGGGAAGCAGUACUACGAGAGCUGCAAGGAGGCUGGACGCGACCACACAUACGGCCCACCAUGGACGCACAUGUGGCUGGCGCUGUUGACGGCGCUGCUCGAGCACCCAGAGACCCCCGAGACGUCCAAGAAGGCCUUGAAGGUCUACUGGGAGGCCAACAUCGCAGGAGACAGGAGCUCGCUUCACCAGCUGCAGGACCAGAUACGGUAUUGCAGAAUGCGGCCCACAUACUACAACAAGCGCAAGCAGGCGGUGUGCGAGGCUCUCUUCAAGAUCGGCGGCAAGUACAAACCAGGGGGUCCUCCCAAGGGCGGCACAGUGCACCAGGCAGUGUGCGAGGCCCUCUUCAAGAUCGGCGGCAAGUACAAACCAGGGGGUCCUCCCAAGGGCGGCCUCGAGAGGGAGGCGCUCAAGCUCCUCGGCAGGAUGGGCAUGAACAAAGCGGACGACGAGGACAUGAGCGACGACGAAGAGCUGGAGGGCUAG